AUGACAGAAUUGUCGAAAAACGAAGGGAGUGGAAAGUCUGGGAAGGCAGUGGGUGAUGUAGUAGACACAGUUCUCCACUACGUCGUUGAUCUCAAAAAGCAACCGCCCAUGGCUCAGCUAGGAGUCGGGGCUGGGUUCGGUACAGUAACUGGAUAUUUUGUUACCAAGGGAGGUCGUGUUGUCGCUGCAACUGUCGGAGUUUCAUUUUUGCUGGCUCAAUUCGCAAUCCACAAAGGAUACAUUACUCUAAACGAAUCUAAGAUUGAAAGAGAUCUUAAGAAUCUGCAAAAAUCCGUUAUGAAUAAAGUAUCAAAAAAAGAUACCAUCCAAGUUCCAAACUCAUUCAUCUCGGAGAACCGAUGGAUUCUGGGAGGCUUUGCAGCUGGAAUGCUGAUCGGGUUCAGUAUCGCAUAA